AAAAAGGAUAAUAUCAAGAUUUAUUCAAAGCUUUUUACACUUGUUUAUUUGGGCAAUAAGGUCAUGAAGGGACUUUGAUCAAGUUUCUUCAAAGAUUAACUGACAUCCUCUGAAAGUACAUCAGUUUCUUUUCAAUCAGGUAUUUGCUCAGCUCCUGACAGGGUGUUGAAUUCAUUAGAAUUAUACGGUUUCCUGGUCUUCGCUGUAGGUUUCCUUAAGACAUGCUGCUGAAAUCACAAAGUCUCCUCUCAGAUUCCUUCCCUCCCUCUGGCUUCCUCAUUCAGUUACUCAAACUAUCUGGGAAGCCAAGCUUGCUGAGUGCUGAUGAAAUUCUGUCUGGGGAAAGAAAAAUAAAGCCCCUGAAAAAGAAGCAGGAAGAGGCUGCUGGUUAGCUGGCCGAGCAUUUUGUUGAGUAGAGGAUGAACAAAUGCAGUAAGGAGGAGGAAGCAGCCACUGCCACUGCUCACUAGCUCGCUAGUUUUCUCCUUGGCAAACAAGAAGGCAGCAUUGGCAAGGAGAGCAACAGCAGGUGACAAUGGCAGCAAGGAGGAGGUCUAAGACACUGACAAUGGAAGCCACCCAGAUCAAUAUGUCACAAGCGCCACUAGUGAACGGCAACAUCACUGCUAAUCCGAAGAGGAGCAAACCUCGUGUGAUGUCCAAAAGUGGCCACAGCAACGUGAGGAUCGACAAGGUCGAUGGCAUUUACCUCCUUUAUCUUCAGGAUCUGUGGACCACCGUCAUCGACAUGAAGUGGAGAUAUAAACUUACCUUGUUUGCUGCUACCUUUGUAAUGACUUGGUUUCUUUUUGGAGUCAUCUACUAUGUCAUUGCCUUUCUUCAUGGAGAUUUGGAAGGGAACAAACACCCGCAGAACCAGGCCCCCUGCGUCAUGCAUGUGAGGUCACUCACCGGAGCAUUUCUCUUUUCUUUGGAGUCGCAGACUACCAUUGGCUAUGGCUUCCGUUACAUCACAGAAGAGUGCCCUCAUGCCAUCUUCCUUUUAGUUGCUCAGCUGGUUCUCACCACCUUGAUCGAGAUCUUCAUCACGGGGACUUUCCUGGCCAAAAUUGCCAGACCCAAAAAAAGGGCCGAGACCAUUAAAUUCAGUCACUGUGCUGUCAUCUCCAAGCACAAUGGGCACCUGUGCCUUGUAAUCCGAGUGGCAAACAUGAGAAAGAGCCUCUUGAUCCAGUGCCAGCUGACAGGAAAGCUUCUCGAGUCCUACGAAACUAAAGAAGGUGAGAGGAUUCUGCUUAACCAAGCGACUGUUAAAUUCCACGUUGACUCCGCAGCAGAGAGUCCAUUCCUGAUUUUACCUCUGACUUUUUACCACAUAUUGGAUGAGAGCAGCCCUUUAAGAGACCUUUCACCCCAAAACCUGAAAGAAAAAGAGUUUGAACUGGUUGUCCUCCUGAAUGCCACCGUAGAGUCAACAAGUGCCGUCUGCCAGAGCCGAACAUCAUAUAUCCCAGAGGAGAUCUUCUGGGGUUUUGAGUUUAUGCCUGUGGUCUCUCUCUCUCCGAAUGGGAAGUACGUUGCAGAUUUUAGUCAAUUUGAGAAGAUCAGAAGAUGUCCAGAUUGUACCUUGUACAGCAUGGACUCUGAAAAACAAAAACUAGAAGAGCAAUAUAGAAAAGAAGAUGAAAGAGAAAGGGAGCGCAGGACAAGGUUUUUACAGCAAAGCAAUGUUUGAUUUCUCAUCCAACACCAACCACAACAAAUAUUUAUACAGCAAGAAUUAUCAUCACCCCCCCCCUUGAAAAUGGAAGGGCAUCAAAAGCUCAUCCAAACAGCUGUGGCUGCACAAACAAGACAUUUUAUUCUAGAAUCCAUGAAAACCAAGUACACUAUCUAGAUCUGUUGCCUAUUUUUCGACCCUUAAGAGUGCUUAUUGAGAAACGGUUUUUCUUAUAAAGAAAAGGUCAUAGCAGAUUGAAUCUGCAUUCACGCCUGCCCCCCUCUGUUUUUCCACCUGAAAUAGAUGGUCCCACCAAUCAAGACAGCUGUCACCACUCCCUUCUCCGUUCAUCUGGGGCGUGUGCAGGGAGGAAAAAAGCAUGGAUAACCUAACCUAGGGGAGGGUUUUCAAAUGUGCGUCAAGUAACCAUCCUUGUGGACAGCAGGAUCCCGACUCAAUCUAGACUGCAAGCAGCAUGUUGAGGACAAGCAAGAACAAUUCCAGAUUGAGGGGAAAACUACAUUUUUGUGCUACAAAUGGGUUAGUGUGUGUACACAGCCUAAGAUGUGGGGCGCAUUCACCACUUUUGCAUCAUUAAUCAACAGUGGCGUAGCGUGGGUUGUCAGCACCCGGGGCAAGGCAAGUAAUUUGCGCCCCCUAACCCGUGGAUUUGCGCCCCUAACCUGUGGAUUUGCGCCCCCUAACCCUAACCCCCAGAUGUUAUAUGAGAUGAAUAUCUUUAGGGAAGCAUAGAUAGUAGCCUUGUACCGAGUCAGACCAUAAGUCCAUUGAGUUCAGUCUACACCGAUUGGCAGUGACUCUCCAGGCUCCAGAAAGGGGGUAUCUCCCAGCCUUCGCUGGUGAAACUAAACUGUACGUGGUCUGUUAUUUCAGAGGCAGCAGCUCCAUUGUAAAUACACAGCUAUAGACUUCCCCACUCUAGGAACAUAGGAAAUGCGUUCUACUGAGUCAGAAGUUUGUCGUGAUGAGUAUUGUCUCCACUGACUUGCAGUGGCUGUCCAGGAUUUGAGACUGGAGAUACAAGAUUGUGGACCUGCUGAGAGCGCUAUGGCCUCUCCUUGUGUCUUAACACUCUGCCAUAUGGCAAUUUUCCUAAGAUUGAUUUUCAGUUAACCUAUGUGAAGUUCAGUAUAUUGAACAAAUUUACUCACGAUAUUUAUUUGACAUAGAUUAGCCAUAUAAGUAGGAUGAAAGAGUAGGUUCUGAAAGGUUAUAUAUUCUUUGGUAUAGUGAGGCUGCAAUCCUCUUACACUUCCCUGGAAGUAAGUGCAGUUGAACUCAGGGGGGUUUACUUCUGAGUAGACAUGCAUAGAGUUGCACUGUCAGUGUUUUUUUACCCAGAUUUUCAUGCUUCUUAAGAAAAGGGAAAUGACAUUCUGGUUGUGUCGUUGGAAAUGAGUUUCACGGAACGGAAACAAUUUGAAUGACAGUAGACGGCAGCCUCUAAAAUGACUGCCCAGUGCAAUGUGGACUUGGAGUGUGGGGUUGUACAAAAACAGACCACCACCCCUCCAAAAGCAUCCACAUCUGUUACAGACAGAAGGCCUCUCCCCUUGGCCACCAGUGUAAAUGUCUGUGCUAUAGGGGAGGAUUAGAGAACCACAUUAGAAGAACAGAAGUGCAAGAACAGAGGGAGAUCUAAUGUGGCCCCCAUAGGCUCUAUAGCUCCCUAAAACACCCUAACUCUUAGCACUCACCAAGGAUGCCUCCACCUCCCUUAAAAAAAACAACAACCAACCUGAGGUACAGGAGCUUUUUCUGGUUGUAUGUUGAGAAGUUUGCCUGUUUUUCUGUGUGUUCUAUUUCCUGGGGUAUGUAGGUAUUUUUUUUUUUUCAUUUUCUUUUGAUGGUGGUCCUGAGGAGCACCAAUUUUUCUUCUAUGAAAUGGGUAUGUUGUGGUGCUCACAGCAGCAUCUCAGAUUUCUAAAUGUGCCCCACAGAAAAAGUUGGAGGCACACUGCUCUGGAUUCUCUCUUUCUGGCACAGCAGAGCAAGAAACUCAAGGGGAACCACACAAAUAUUGCAACAAUGCCUUGGGAAACAAUCAUUUCCCUCUUUCCCACUUCACAGGCUCCUUCUGCCAGCCUUUGCCAAAAAACAAAACAAAAACAAAACAGAAAGAAAAUGAAUGGCUUCAAGGGACAGUAUAGUUUCUUCCCCAUCUGCCAUCGUAUACACAGCAGUGCAGGUGAUCAGGCUGUCCUAGUCCGGCCAAAAAUUCUAUUUUGAAUCCCUCCUCCACCCCUUUUUAAAAGAAAGCCAUCGUGGAUAUAUAGGGAUGGAGUUGUAAAAGGAAAAAGAGGAAUGUAUUAUUGGGAAAAUGCUACCGAUAACGUUUUAUGAUAUGACAUGUAUAAGCAUUAGAGUCAUGUAUUUAAAAGAUUGCUUGUUUUGCUUUGGACCACUGUUUAAUAUUCUUAAAUAAAGAUUUCUGAAACA